AGUCAAUGCGACGCGUCCCGUGUAACUUAACUUUACUUGGACAUAACUUAAAAUAUAUUGUGAUAACAAUAUUUUGAAUUAAAAAUAUAUAUGUGUAGUGAAUUGUAGUGAAAAUGUAUAACGAAUUUAGUCGUGUUAUACCAAAGUUACUUUACUUAAUUUGCGUAUUCUUCCUGUUAUACGAUGCGGCAGAUGCCCUCGUGUUGCGCGCAUAUAUAUCUCAACACGGUCUUCAUGGAGAAAUUGAAUUCUCACAUAAAAACGAGACUCUAAUGAGUAUUAGAACAAAUCUUAAACCAACCUUGCAGUACCCGGAUGGAGUCUGGAGGUGGACAAUUCAUGAAUUUCCUGUAGACUAUCGAGAUGUAUCCGAUUCUAGAUGUUCUGAAGCGAAUUUGGGAAGGGAAUUAAUCGAUUUAACAGAAGAACUUGGAUACUUGAUAAUUCCCGGAAAAGAUCAUGCAGAAUUCGAAAGCCAAAACAGUUUAACGGGACCUAACGGUCUUUGGGGGAAGAGUAUAGUUUUUGAGACGGCAGAAAGGGAUCGAGUGAUCUGUGCAUCGAUACUGUCUACUGAUAAGCUUUAUGAGAAACAUGCAGUCGCUAGAUUUACAGCUCCAGUAGCGGGAACACUAAAUUUUAGGUGGUUAUCAGCGAGUGAGUUUGGCGAAUCUGAUUCUUACGUACAAGCUGAUUUGUAUCAUACAAAAGCUAUUACGGAUAAGGUUGAAUUUACCGAGCACAAAUGGAAAUUAUUUGUUACCGAUAUCAUUAAUUCUCAUAGGGGAAUCCGUGAAGACAACUGCAAUAUACUCCAACUAAUAUUCGACCCUGAUAACAGCGGUGAUGGUAUGAGUGUAGGCGACUUAGAUAGUCGUUUGGGAUUGAUCAAAGUUGCUACAGAUGCUAAUAGGAGGAAAGCAAAAACCUUAUUUAAGGAUGAAGUGUUGAAUGUAUUGAGAAACGAUAUGGAAGUGACGAAGAGGAGUUUGUAUGUAGUUAUUUAUGAUAACAGGCAUUCGGAGAGUUUCUUGGCGUGUGCUAAGUUGAGACCGAUGGAACCCAAGAGCACCAAAGCAUUGAUAAGUAUGGACGGUGUUCUCGGAUCUGUAGACUUCACGCAACGGUCACCAUUCGACCCCACAUGGGCGAACUUUCAACUAGGAGCAGCAGAUCAGGACUACGAGUCUAACCUGCGCUUCGUUAGUUCCAUGAUACAGUACAGCGUGAGGGAACUCCCGCCGAAGCUUCUAGAUGCUUCUCACAUUAACCACGUGUGUAACACUACAGGCGGGAUCUACAAUCCUAGUGGUGUUGAUUUGAACAACGUUCCUCCACCAGGAAUGGGUACUCAGGACCAGUAUCCCGUGGGAGAUCUCCUCGGCAAAUACAAGGAUCGUACCGAGUAUCUGAAUCAUAAGUACCUACUGCCGGGCCUGGCGAACGAGCUCAGCGGGGCUUACUGGGACGUGUUCCUACCCCUACAAGGGGUGCAUAGUGUUCUACAUAGGGGCUUGGUAUUGACAAGGUGGGUUUUGAUAAAAUCUAAUAUUAUAACUACGGAAGUUUAGAUAUGUGGCACGAUAUUGCCGUAUGAGUAUGGCACCGAGUACCAGACCCUGAUGAGCUCCGCCGAAGUGAUAUUCCGCUACCCUAUCGUGGGCAGGGUCAUAUUCAGACAGCCACUAGGCAAACCCUGGGAAGACACCACGAUCAUCAUCGAGAGCAUGGUUCAUGCUGAUGGAGCAAACGUGAACAACACGUUCGAACACCGGUGGGCGAUACACGAGAAACCUCCUGGAGCCGACUAUUACAACUGGACGGGUAGAUGCCUCAGCGCUGGGAAGGUGUACGAGCCACAUGGCAUAGACAUCGACACCAGACACCCGGACCAGUACUGCAGAACGGGACUCGAGGGUUUGUGUAGACUUGGAGACUUCACCACGAGACAUGGUAUGUUGAACAUGGCUGGGAAAAAGGUGGACAGCGCCCGGCUCACCAGAAGGCUGUUCACCGACACGGUGGUCGGCCUGGCAGGGAAGCACUCCAUCAUGAAAAAAUCUCUAGUUAUCUACGACGAUCACGGACCAGUCGCGAGAGGCGAACGGAUGGCGUGCUCCAUUGUAAGUGCUCUUCAACGUCGUAAAGCAGUGGUUCGAGACUGGUUCGGAAACGGCGACACGGUGACGUUACGUGGCAAGAUCGAGAUGACCCAGCAAUCGGAGUACGAUAUAACUAACGUACAAGUCACACUCGAGGGACUGCAAGAUGUCAACAAUUAUAAAAUACAUCCCGUACCCGUGGAAAGGGAGUUAGAGUUCCCUUGCGAGAAGACAACCAUAUACGACGCGUAUAAUCCUUUCAACGUGAACAGGUCACUCAGCCCGCCGCCUACAAAAGGAACUGCUGACCAAUACGAGCUGGGAGAUUUGGGUGACAAGUAUGGGUUGUUGGAGGAUACACGCACAUACACAAUGGCUUACAACGAGACGCAGAUCUCUUUGUAUGGGCCAUACAGUAUCAUUGGGCGAUCUGUUGCUUUACAUAAAAAGAGUCGAGACCGUCGCUGGGCAUGCUCCUCCGUCGAGCGAGGGUACAGUCCAUCGGAAGCUCGGGAGCUUCGCGCUAUAGCCUCAUUCCACCAUCCCGGCGGGUUCGCAUUUGGGUACAUCCGUAUGACACAGCUUAUACACAACGAUGGCAGCGCUAGUGAUACAGUUAUAGAAGUCAAAUUAAGGCAUCCUGGCGUCAGAGACAGGAAUCUGACAAUGAACCACAAUUGGAACAUAUUCGUGAACCCGGUAGGUGUGGAUGCGGCGGUGAAGGUGACGAACACUCGAUGCGUUGCAGGGGGAUACCGGUGGAACCCAUACUUCACUCAGCUGGCAGAUCCACUGAAUCACGACCUGUACAAUCAAGAAUGUGGCGCUGAUAAUCCGUUACGAUGCGACGUUGGUGAUCUUACAGCCAGACUUGGAACUAUCAACGUGGGUGCAGAGCGUCAAAUGUUCGUGGACAGCAACUUCCCGUUGGAGGGCACCGUGAGCGCGAUGGGUCGCUCCAUCGUCAUCUUCGGCUCGGAGAGGAGCAACGAGAGGUUCGCCUGCGCCAAUAUUGAGCCCGACAAGGACAUCAUCAAAUCUUUCAAUAUCAUGAAGCCACCAAGAUUUGUACUCGGGCUGUUCUUGUCGGAGGUGCGGCGCGUGCUGGGCGCGCCCGAGUGGAUGGUGGGCGUGGACGCGCGCCGCACGCGCACGCUGCACACCGGCGCGUGUCUGCAGGUGUUGCUGCACUUCAGCGGACCACACGCCAACCGCCUCGAGCUCGACUUCACCAAGCUGCUAGCAUCAGGGCGGCUGGAUGAGCCAAGCAUAUUCAUACCUGGUUACGUUGAAACUAAAAGGAAGAAGACCACUUCAUACAGACAAUGUGGGGUCACGGAUCCCAAUGAGAAGAAAAGUGAGUAA